AGCGUCCCCGCCUGCGCUGGCCGCGGGGCAAGCUGCGGGCCGGGGCGCGCGCGGGAGGCCGAUCAACUCCCCAGUGCCCAGCGGGCAGAUUUCUCUCAAGCAUCCAAUCAAGUGUGAAGAUUUCCUAAGGAAGCUCCUGAACUAUGGUCCUAAUCUAGUAAGUCUUGAGUAGAACCCUAUGGUGCAUUUUAAACACAUCUGCUUAGAGAUUCCAAGGCAGCAUCAGGAAGCACACGCUGGUUUUGUCCACCUUGAAGUGCUUUAGAAACCCAAGUUGAAGUGCUGGCUCCAAAGCUCUGCAAUGAAACCACACUUGAAGCAAUGGCGACAACGAAUGCUCUUUGGAAUAUUUGUUUGGGGGCUCCUCUUUUUGGCAGUUUUCAUCUACUUCACCAAUAGCAAUCCUGCCGCACCUAUGCCCAGCUCCAGCUCCUUUUCCUUCUUGGAGAGCCGUGGGCUCCUGCCUGUACAGGGCAAGCAGAGGGUCAUCAUGGGCGCUUUGCAGGAGCCCUCUUUGCCCAGAAGUUUGGAGGCAAGCAAAGUGCUGCUGGACGGCCACCCUGCGAACCCUUUCCACAGCUGGCCUGGGGACCCACAGAAAUGGGAUCAGGCCCAAAAUGGCUUUGACAAUGGGGAUGAGUUUUUUACAUCCCAGGUUGGGAGGAAAUCGCAAAGUGCUUUCUAUCCUGAGGAAGACAGCUACUUUUUUAUUGCGGGUCAGCCUGGGCUGUACCACCACAGGCAGGGUGCACUGGAGCUGCCGUCGCCAGGGGAGACAUCAUGGCGAUCAGGUCCUGCCCAGCCCAAGCAGGAGAAGCUGCUCCACCCAAGGCGAGGCAGCUUCCCUGAGGAAGCCUAUGAUGGCGACGUGCUGUCGGCCUCCAUGUCUAGAGCCUUCCUGUACAGGCUCUGGAAGGGGACCGUGUCCUCUAAGAUGUUGAAUCCACGCCUGCAGAAGGCCAUGCGCUACUACAUGUCCUUCAACAAGCAUGGCGUGCGCUUCCGCAGGCGGGGGCGGCGCGAGGCUCUGCGUACAGGGCCAGAGCUGCUGUGUGAGAUGCGCAGGCGUGUGCGUGUGCGCACUUUGGAUGGCAAAGAGGCGCCCUUCUCGGGGCUGGGCUGGCGGCCUCUGGUACCACAUGUACCUCUGAGCCAGUUGCACCCGCGCGGUCUGAGCAGCUGCGCAGUUGUCAUGUCUGCCGGUGCCAUCCUGAACUCCUCCCUGGGGGAGGAAAUCGAUUCUCAUGAUGCAGUUUUGAGAUUUAAUUCUGCCCCUACACAUGGCUAUGAGAAAGAUGUUGGAAAUAAAACCACAGUACGCAUCAUUAAUUCUCAGAUUCUGGCCAACCCCAGCCAUCACUUCAUUGACAGUGCUUUAUAUAAAGAUGUAAUCUUGGUAGCCUGGGAUCCAGCUCCAUAUUCUGCCAAUCUUAACCUGUGGUAUAAGAAGCCAGAUUACAACCUUUUCACUCCAUACAUCCAGCAUCGCCGGAAAUACCCAACUCAGCCAUUUUACAUUCUUCACCCCAAAUUCAUAUGGCAGCUUUGGGACAUUAUCCAGGAGAACACAAGGGAGAAGAUACAGCCCAACCCACCAUCUUCUGGUUUUAUUGGAAUCCUCAUCAUGAUGUCCAUGUGCAAAGAGGUGCACGUGUAUGAGUACAUCCCAUCUGUCCGACAGACAGAGCUUUGCCACUACCACGAGCUGUACUACGACGCAGCCUGCACCUUGGGGGCUUACCACCCACUGCUGUAUGAAAAGCUCCUGGUGCAGCGCCUUAACACAGGCACCCAGGCAGAUCUGCAUCGCAAAGGCAAGGUAGUCCUGCCAGGCUUCCGGACCCUUCAGUGCCCAGUAACCAGCCCCAACAAUACACACUCUUAAAAUGGAACUCGUGGGAACUGAUGUGCAAUAAGGUACUACUGUUGUCCUCAAAGUCACAAAAAAUACUUGAAGAUAGAUUUAGACAAUAUAUUGUCUUUAACUGUAACUUAGUGCCCAUGAGAAUUAUUUCUAGUCUAAGCCAUUGGGUAACUAUUACUGCUAUGAAUAUAGAAAUGGAAUUUUAAAACCACCCAAGAAAGAAGCCAAAACAAGGUACAUAGAAAACAGAUUUUUACUUAUGGGCAUGAUACCUCUAAACAUGUUAACCUCUACAGCAGGGGCACUUUUAUCACAGUUGGUUCCAGCCACAUUUGGGGAUGAUACUACUGAUGAUGCUGUUUUCAUCUAGACAUUCCUGUAGCUAACAAUCACUUAUACAUCCAUUUCUCAUUAAGCAUCCUGGAAGCUAUGCUGACUGUCUGAAUUCUCACUCAGAUAUGUUUGACAUUUCUUCAUGUAUUCUGUCAGGCACAUGAUUUUCAACAGCAGCUUCACAGCUUUGAUUCGCAGUGUUCUCUGAAUGUUACAACUGAGAACCAAGCCACACUUACAAAAAUAAAAAUCGUCCAUACCAAGCAAUCUAAGAAAUCAAAGGAAACUUCUGCUGGCAGCAAAGAACAGUCCCUUCAUCGGCCUGCAGCAUACUGUUCCUGGCCAGCCACAUUUAGCGCACACAGGUGGUGUGUGCAGGAUUAUCACUGGUCAGGUGUCCCUACCCUGGCUUCUCAACUUUAUAUUCCUGGCCUUCAGAUCAUUCUGUAGCUCUCAUAUAGCCAGAGACAUGCUGGACAGUUACUGCAUCCUUGCAGAUCAGCCAGAGGACACCCUUGUUCCUUUCAAGCUAUAAAGAAUAGCUUCAAAGCAUGUACUCUGAGCUGCAUGGGAUUCACACUUCCCUGUCAGGUCUAUAGGAAGCUCUUACAAGCUCUUACAAGUUCUACAGGCUUUUCUCAACUGUUAGAAACUUGACCCUCUUGCCCUGAAUGUUGUCCAGUUUUAAGCAUAAACAGCUAGGAAUCCACCUUUGUAUUUGAAGGUAUGUUUUAUGCUAAGAAUGUGAUGGAGGCACAGAAUUGUUUUUUUUAACAAUUAAGUUAAAACUUUUUGAAAAUGACAAUAUCAGUUUAAUUAAGCCUACCCCCCCCCUUGCAAAAUGUGUGGCUAUCAAAGUAUUGUAGGAAAAGAAAUGUUUCACUGUAUAUUUGUUCUGGAAUACCCUAUUGAUUAUUUCCUGAGGAAGCAAGGUUUUUAGAGGCCACCAGUUUCUGUUUGGGUAUUGCCCCCUGCAGAGCUCAAGCAGGGCUGCAAAUGUCCUCAGUGACUUGCUACAGUAGUGAAGUGAGAAAAGUUGAGCUUUCAGUUAUGAGAUACAUGCUGACAACUCAUUCUGAGCAACUGAGUGUCAUCUUCUACUCAACCAGGUCCAACCAUGUAAUCUCAUAAAAGCUCAGCCUUGUCACCAUACUGAAUGUCUAAUCAUCUCUAACUCUAGAGGAGGCCCCACUCAUGUGGGAUGAGCAUUUUCUCCUGUGGUCCUUGGAGCUUUCUAUAUCUUCCAGCUUUUGCAGUUUUAAAAUGAUGAUAACCAGUGGGUUUAUUUUUAUAGUCUUGAAGGGGAUUCACUUACAGGCAUAAUUAUUAUUCAUGACAAUGUCCUUUGAUGGCCUGAGAAUUUGGUUAGAGGUCAGUGUAAAUAUUCAAAUUCAAAAGCUCCACAAAACACAUCAAAGGUUGUUAAAUAUCAUUCUGUUGCUGCACAUGUACUUCUAAAAGGCUUCUCUCAAUUUACAUGGGUUACAAAGAGACUGAAGAGCAUAAAGGAAGUGGAAUUAACUUUUUGAAUUUGUUAUGACCCUAAAGACUUGUGGGAAUCAGAGUCUGUUAAAUAUUCAGAAAAUAUGGUGCACAUAUUAAUAUGCUGUUGGCUAAGCACUCUUGUAUUUAAAAGUUUAAAUAGCUUAGCAGAUGCUCACACGAUGAUGGCUAAUACGAUGGCUGCUACUUGUGCUAAUGAAAUGAGUCCCAACUGGAAAUAUUUGCCAGACAUUGAUUAAAUACUUCAACACUACAUUUGCUAUCCUUAAGUGAACCAAUCGUACCUUCGGAAUAGCAACCCUAACUAUCCUUCCACCUCAUUUCUUCCUGGCUCUGGGCUCUGGCUCUUCCAGAACUGUCUGACCUCUUCUGUGAAAAGACUCUGGUUAGAUCCUCAUGGUGGCACCAAAAACCACCGGGUGCUACUUGUUCCCUGAAGACUAACAGAUGUCAUAGUCCUUUGUCUUUUGAGAAAAAUAUCACUAUUUCUUGUUGUGAUUAUUGUUGUUCCUAUUACAAAAACACUAGCAUUGUCUAAAAAUGAUAAUUCAGCCACUCUAAUAUUCUCUCUAACUUGUGUCUCUAGCUGUUCACACAAGGCAAAAAGGUAAUGUAUAAUGAACAUGCUUAAAUACAGACAACUCAGUGCAAUAAUAGUAGGCAUGGAGUUGACUAUGCCAACCACAUCAUUUGUUGCAAAUUCUGUAAAGACAAGUGGUGAUCAAACACAAGUUCCAUGUAACCAUAUGUGUUUUAAUGGGCAAAUAUGGGGCUUGAGUACAUAUGAAUUGCUGUGCCUCUGUCUACCUAGUCUCUGAGCUCAAGAUGUUUUGAUUUAGCAAUGGCGCUGUGCUUGUGUCUUGACCUCCUGGCCCCUUAGUCACUCAACCUGGACUUUCCAGUAGUCCUCUGUCAUUGGAGCCAUAAUAUCUGAACAAAAGUAGUGCUAAGGGUGAUCAUUAAUGUUUUUUAAACUCGAAUGUCAAAGGGCCUGGCUUACUCUGUUGUAUUUACGAACCAGUACAUCUGCUGGAACAGAGUUCAGCCUGUGUUGCCAGCUGACCAUAUUCACAUAGUCUGAAUUGAUUAGGCACAUUUUGAGUGCAUCAAGUGAAAUCAGUUUCCCACAAGUUAUAUAUGACAAAAGACUUUGGUAUGCAUCAGCAGCUUGAUUAAGUUUCACCAGAUUUUCUUAGACUACACAUACUCCAGACCUGUCCCAUCACACUGCCAAUUUCUGUUUGACUUUCUGAUAGUCAAAUAUUACCCCAUGGCUACAUGACUGAUCAAGGCAGCUCUGUUUAGACGUAAAUAAGUUAGGUAAACUAUGCCUGCAUUUCAGCACACUUUUUAUAUCAGGACAUUUCCAUUGUGAGAUUUUUCCACAUUUCUCUCACUCGGUAUGUUUAGAUACUUGGUGAAUGUGAAACAUUUCUCAAGCAACUCAAGAAAAUAAAAUGAAAUUUCUAGCUCUUGUUUGGUUAAAUGAAUGGAGCCUUCAAUAAGAAAAGAAACGGCAUAUUCUCUCCAAGAUUAAGGUACUGACAUUCAAGAAUUAAAGCUGUUGAUGGAGUUCUUAUUCUUAACAUAAAAUGUGCAUGUAGAUAGUUACAUAAUUGUAUAUAUACUUAUCUACACACGGUUGAUUUUAUUAUCUUUUUCAUUCAUCUUUAUAAUGAGAGCUUUACAAUAAAUUUUAUUUUAAUUAUUAAAACACUAAUUUUUUUAAGAGAAGGAAGCAAAUAUUUUCUGUCCUUCUGCUAAAAAUAAGUCAGUCUUCUGCCCUUACUAUAGACACACUCAUAUUCUACAUAUCUUGGCCAUAUUAAUAAACAGUAACCAAAAUAUUGAAAGGUACCAUUCAGAGAAUCAUUACUCUAGUGUAGUAUUUAGUCAGAAGCAUGAUAUAGCUCUGAAUUUUGAAAAGUUUGUUGAUUGCCCAUGGCUUUUAUAAGAUUCAAGAAAGAAACGUGUGCUGAUUCUCUGAAAAAUAUAUUUCAACAAAACAAGUGCAACAGUAGCAUUAAAAUCUAAGUUUACAGUACACCCUGUUAUGAUCGAGAUAAAGUAUAAAAUCUUUC